UAUAUGGUAUAUCACUAUAUGAGUAGGAUAUUAUGCAUUUAUUCAUAAAACAAAAACAAUAAAUACUAUAACGGUCCGUUUGCUUAUAAGUAGUAUUAGCUUGUCCGCUAUCGACAGACGACGUUUUACACUUAGGUAUCUAUUAUUUUCAUAGAAAUGGAGAAUUUGAGAUGUGUUUGGAAAAGCAAUGGGUAAAUUAGAAUGGUUCAAAUAUUACAGUUCCAUUAGUGAAACUGACGCUAAGAACCCGUGCAAUGGAUAUGCCAAAAAAAACUAUCCUUCACCAAAAAAAUUAAACUCGCCAAAUGUUGAAAAAAAAAAGAGUAGCAGUGAGCCAGCAUCCAAACCUUUGAAAUUUCCGACGCCUCUACUUGAUUCGUUGAAUAAAAAAUCGCCAACCGAUUCAAUCACAUUUAAUAGCAAUACUAUCGACGGUACUAAGGAACUUUCGGCCAGUAACAUUAACAAAAAUGUACCAACUACCUCCACUCAAAGUUCAACCAUAACGAUGGACUCUUGUUCAAAAAAAAAGAGUGAUGCUCCAGUAUCCAAGCUUUCAAAAUGUAUUACUCCUUCCUCAGGUACGGCGAAAUUAAAACCAAUUACCGUUAAAACUCCGCUAAAAGACACCGUAAUUUCUGAAAGCUUAUCACGUGGUAUGGUCGAUGACAAUAAACCAGCUUCUUCCACUCAAAUCACUUCGUAUCAAAAGAUCAAUCUAAUGCCACAGCUAAGUAUGUCUGUACCACCAUCAAAUGUUUUCGAUCCAAAUAAUAUUCUUUAUCAAAAAAUUAUCAAUAUUGAAAACGUCAUUACGGGUAUGAAUUCAAGAGUUACAAGAUCAUUGAUUAAUCAAGACAAAAUUAUCAGUUUAAUAGAAAAACAAAACCGAAAAACUUUAGCAGAAAAGUUGAUAGACUGCAAGGUGGCGUCAGAAUUUGAAAACCAUUUUACUUUAUACUUUCCUCUAAAGACAUUGGAUGAUGUAAUUGAAUUGGAAAAGUUAUUAAUUGAAAAACAAUACUAUAAGCUUUUAGUAAGUAAAGCUGUAUAUAUUAUGUUAAUAUAUUUAUAACAAUACUACUAUUUAAUGAUAUUAUUAUAUUCUUACUUUAGGCACUACUUUAGACAUAACCAACUUACAAUAUAUAGGUAGUUAUUAAUAAGAUCUAGUUAACCAAUUUAUUAAUUUUAUAAUUAUUAUUAUUUAUUGCCAUCUACAUAUCUAAUGAUUACAAUAUAAUACAAUAAUAAUAUAUUUCAAUUAUUUAUCUCGAUACAAAGCCCCCCCUCACAUCCAUGUUCGUGAUUCAAUAUUACCCCCGCCCUUAAACAAUUCCUAAAUACGCCACUGGCAUGAACAAUCAUUAAACAUUCAUUGAAUCAAUUGUGAGCUAAUCGUACCUUAAACAUGAUUUAAUGGCCCAUUACAUUUAAUUGAACAUUACAUUAAUUAGUUAUUCAU